GAAAAUGAGAAUACGGCAUGUCCGCAUUUGUGGGAGGAUUCUGAUGAGGUGUAGAUUUGUCUUGAAUAAAUCAACCAAGGAGAGAUUUUUCAGAAACGCUAUCGGUGGUUUGGUUUUUAGAUCAACAGCAACUCAGACCUGUUAGGUUCACGCUGCAGUCAUGCCUGGAAUUGACAAACUGCCGAUAGAAGAGGCAUUGGAGGACAGCCCUCAGACACGCUCCCUGCUUGGUGUGUUUGAGGAGGACACAGCUGCAAUAUCCAGCUACUACCAUCAGCUCUUCCAGGCUAUGCAAAGAAUAUAUGAUGCGCAGAAUGAACUUAGUGCUGCCACGCAUCUAACAUCCAAGUUAUUGAAGGAAUAUGAAAAGCAGCGUUUCCCUCUUGGUGGUGAUGAUGAGGUCAUGAGCUCAACUUUACAGCAGUUUGCCAAAGUCAUCGACGAGCUCAGCUCCUGCCAUGCAGUUCUGUCCACUCAGCUAGCAGAUGCCAUGAUGUUUCCCAUCACUCAGUUCAAAGAAAAGGACUUGAAAGAAAUCCUCACCCUAAAGGAGGUAUUCCAGAUAUCCAGUGAUGAUCAUGACGUGGCUGUCAACAGAUAUAGUCGAUUAUCUAAGAAAAAAGAAAAUGAGAAGGUAAAGGGUGAGGUCAUGGAGGACGUAUAUACCUCCAGGAAAAAGCAGCACCAGACUGUGAUGCACUAUUUCCUGGCUCUUAAUACUCUACAGUACAAGAAGAAGAUUGCCCUGCUGGAGCCGCUGCUGGGUUAUAUGCAAGCACAGAUAAGUUUCUUCAAGCUUGGAUCAGAGAACCUGACACAGCAAUGGGAAGACUUUCUUACAAACAUUGGGACCAGUGUACAAAAUGUCCGCAGGGAGAUGGACAGUGAGGUGGAUGCAAUGCAGCAGACCAUCCAAGAUCUAGAGCAGGCCAGCGACAUGCUGUACAUGCCGGACCCUGAUCCCAGCAAAAUCCCCAUCAAUCGCAACCUGACCCGCAAGGCCGGCUACCUCAACAUGCGCAAGUAUGGGCGUAAAACAGGGCUGGUGUCAUCCACCUGGGAUCGGCAGUAUUUCUUCACCCAAGGCGGGAACCUUAUGAGCCAAGCACGAGGAGACGUAGCUGGGGGUCUGGUCAUGGACAUUGACAACUGCUCUGUAAUGGCAGUGGACUGUGAGGAUCGGCGCUUUUGCUUCCAAAUUUCAUCAUUUGAUGGCAAGAAGGUUGCCAUUUUGCAAGCAGAUAGCAGAAAGGAUUGUGAAGAGUGGAUUGCAACAAUAAAUAACAUCUCCAAAAGGAUAUAUCUUAGUGACAACCCUGAGGAAACAGCCGCCAGAGCGAACCAGUCUGCGCUGGAAGCUGUGACACCUUCCCCUUCAUUUCAACAGAGGCACGAGAGCUUUCGACCCAGCACGCAAGGCCGACCCAGAGCAGCACGGACAAGCAGCCAGGGAUCCGUAGGCUCUGACUCACCCGCUCUAUCCUCCCUGUCUCUGGACUCCCUCGUGGCCCCAGACACACCCAUCCAGUUCGACAUCAUCUCGCCUGUCUGUGAGGAGCACGCCACCCCGGCCAAGAAUGCCAGCCAGGGCAGAAGGACCAACCCAUUUGGGGAGUCUGGAGAGCCGCAGUCCGGAGACAGUGAAGACUCUAUCUUGCACCAGCUCUUUAUCGUACGUUUCCUGGGCUCCAUGGAGGUGAAGGCCACGGAAAGCACAGAUGUUAUCUACGAAACCAUGAGGCAGAUCCUGGCAGCCCGAGCCAUCCACAAUAUCUUCAGAAUGACCGAAUCUCACCUGCUUGUCACCUGUGAAUGCCUGAAGCUCAUUGACCCUCAAACACAAGUCACAAGAUUAAGGUUCCCCCUUUCCGGCGUGGUGCUGUGCGCCUCCCACCAGGAGAACAAACGCCUGUUUGGCUUCGUCUUGCAGACGGUCGGGGGGCGGGUGGACGGCCGGCCGGUCGCUACCUGCUACAUCUUCGAGUCCAAUAAUGACGGCGAGAAGAUCUGUGAUAGUGUGGGACUGGCUAAACAGAUCGCUCUCCACUCAGAAAUGGAUCGCAAAGCCACACAGAAACAGAGGGAGCUGGACAAGGCCAAAGAGAAACAGCAAGAGGAGCUGACCAAGCAGAAACAGAUUGAAAAGGACCUGGAGGAGCAGAGUCGCCUGAUAGCUGCUUCUAGUCGGCCAAACCCACCAGCUGCUGAUGGACAGUUUCUAGUCCUUAGCAACAGCCAAUCAGAGGACAAUGAUGCUGGGGAGGAGAGUCGGAAAAAGGAAGAAUCGGAGGCUUGACACUAAAAAGCAGGAAAAAAAAAAGCCAAAAAAAAGUUUUAUGAACCUGAGUUCAUACUUUUUCCCAAAACGUAGUCUUAAUGACAUUUCCUUCAACGCUAAAGGAAAUUAUAUUAGCAAGGUGAUUGCAAAAUAUUAUAGAUGACACAUAAGAAGUACAAGAGGAUUCAUGAUCAUUUUCUGCGUUGGAGAAUUGAGAGUAUCUCCUGGGAGUUUGGUUUAUUUGUAUGAAUAUUGUAUUUUAUAUUGGUCUGUUAUCUGAAACAUGAUUUUAGAGGAGUUUUUUCCCAGAUAUGUGUGAUGAUUGAUAUUCUACAAUGGCAUACAAAAAAUGGAGAUGUAUGGUUGAAAUUAAUGGGGGGUUUUUGGUAGGAAAUCGCACGUGUGAAUAACAAACAUUUAUUAGGGACUCUUAUUAAUAUUGUAUAUUGUACAUUUGCCAUCAUGCGCUAACAAACCUGCAUGUGCUUUGUCAUAGCACUCAUAUCAUAAAAGCUGUCUGUUGGGUUUGAUUUUAACUUGAUUGCACCUAGGGUGUGUUACACUGUAUUUGCAAUCAUGCUAUUAUGGUGCUUUGACUCAUCACCAAGUCCAGUUACAUUUUCUGAUUACUAACAGUCAUCCACCCAGAAGGAUUCUGUCAACAUGGACUUGAACUGUUGAUGUGGUCACUCAUCUAUGGCAGUGGUUUCUCACUUUGUCUUUGAAGAAAAAUUAACAUGACAUGAACCAGAAUUGGCUAUACAUAGCAAUAACAUUUUUAAUUGAAUUUGCACUACAUCAAGAUUUCGCCAUGUACUUUGUCUUUGGAAAUAUGAACAUAAGGCACAUUCAGAGUUGUCUUAUUUUUGGGAGUGGGAUGGUGGUUUGUAUGACCAACCUCCUUAACCAAUUAACAGCACCCUUUGUAAUGAAUAUACUGCAAUCAUGCCAAGGUUAUUAUUGGACUCACCGCCAGUGUUAAAUUACAAGCAGUCUGUGAAUCUUUACUUUUUGUUGUGUAUAUUAAUAAUUAAUGUUGAUCUUCAGUGAAAGCGUCUGUUCUGUGUAACGGUGUUUCUUUAAAAAUUUCACUAUAUAGACGCCUAGAGCACACUUGAGAUGUGUACGAUAUGCCCAUCUAAAUUGACUCUUAAUGCUUUUUGGCUUAUAAAAAAAAUGUUAGUCUCUAUAAUUAAUCAUGUCUAACAAUUUUGGUUAUUUUUAUGGUUAAUGAUUUAGAAUUGUUUUUUCCCUUUUAAAUGCGAUUGGCUUGUACAUAAAUAACAUUUGUCAAAUAUAUUUCGGAUGGAUACCGAUUUGAAGUGUCCCACAUUCUUGUCCAAAACUAAAAGGAAAACAUGACCAUAAAACCUUAAGAAUUUUACCAGAGUCCAUUUCUGGUAGAGUUGGUAGGGCCUUUCUUGUUAGGUCAUUUGGCCACUUUGCAUUAAUAAAAUUAAUUUCCAAUGA